CUUUUUUAAGUAAGCAAUAGCAUUGCAUCUUCUCUGGCUGUGGCCUGCUUUGAGCACAAGGUAAAAUCACACUCCUACUGUUCAGACGCGCUUAGAAUAAAAUAGAUUGUUGGUUUUGAAAUUAGUUGUGUACGCUGCAAAUGAUAACACAUGAGCAAGAUCCUGACGUUGUUAGGUGGGGCCUCCAGUUGUUUGAAAGUGAUCCAUAUUCUAAUUGCGGGUAUUGUGGCACUAUUGCACAAGAUGAUACUGAUUCUUUUACUGGAAAAUAUUUCAAGGAAGAUCAGUGUGACCUGCAGUCGUACAAUGUAGAAAGUGAUGAGCGUAUUGGACAUGCUUUUCAAGCACAGCUUGGCAUUGGAGAUCUGCCUGAAUCUCCACAUGAAGGGGAAGAACAUUCAGAAGCAUGUGCAUUCCAACAAGGUUGGCUGGAUCAAUCCAUCAUAAACUAUGGUUCUGGUCAGGAGGGCCAAGAGGAAGAGAUAGAUGAGAUGCUACCUCCUAGUUCGUGUUCUAGUCCUCAAGAAAUGGCGUACGGUGGGCAGGAGUGGUCUUAUCCACUGAAGUUGGCAGAUGAAUAUGCUUUUGAUGGCGGAGUUGAAAAAUGGUUGAAUCAGAUGGUCUCUGUUCCACAUGUUCCUAGAAUCAAUGGAGAAAUACCCUCCAUUGAUGAAGCCACAUUAGAUCAUCAAAGGUUAUUGGACAGACUGCAGGUGUAUGAUUUGGUUGAGCGAAAAGUUGACGGUGAUGGUAAUUGUCAGUUUCGCGCUCUCUCAGAUCAAUUUUAUCGAACUGCUGAGCAUCAUGAGUUUGUGAGGCAGCAAGUUGUAAAUCAGCUUAAGUCUUAUCCGGAGAUAUACGAGGGAUAUGUUCCAAUGGCUUAUGGUGACUAUUUGGAAAAGAUGUCAAAGAAUGGGGAAUGGGGUGAUCAUGUCACUUUACGGGCUGUUGCAGAUUCGGGGUGCAAAGUGGAUAUUGAAAAUUGGUUCUCCAGAUGCAAGCAUAGCAAACAUAUACCAUUGAUCAAUUUUUAAUGCGCUUCCUCUUUUGAUUAUGAAGCUUGUGGAUCUUCGCUAUGACAAGCUAAAAACUGUAGGGGUAAAUACGGGCAAUGACAUGAUUGGUUUUGUUUGAGUUUGAGUUUGAUUUAGCUAGACUGUUGGAGCUGAUUUGGGGUUUUGGAGUUGCCUAACAGAGGAAGAAAGGAGAGAAUAAAACGGACAUUGAAUUAAAAAGUGUGCUGUGAAUUUUACAGUAAAACUGCAGUUGAAUUUAGCUAUCAAACAGAAUACAUGAUUAUUCCCCAGUUCUAGAAUACAAAACAUUUCUGCAAUCUAGUCGUCCCCUAAACUUAGUGCAAGGAUAGCAAACAUAUACUGUUGGUCGAUUUUCAAUGCCCUUCCUUGUUUGAUUAUAAUAGUCACUUUCAGUAAAGAAGCUUGUGGAGCUUGGCUAUGACAAGAUAAAAGAACUGUAGGGGUGAAUCCGGGAAUGAUAUGGUCUGUUUGUUAGUGUUUGAGAUUAAUUUAGCUAGACUGUUGAAGCUGAUUUGGGGUUUGGAGUUGCCUAACAGAGGAAGAAAAAAGAGAAUAAAACGGAAAAUGAAUUAAAAUGUGCUAUGAAUUUUACAUUAAAACUAAAGUUGACAUCAUUUUAACUGUCAAACAAAAAAUAUGAUCAUCCUUUUAACUAUCAAACAGAAUAUAUGAUUAUUCCCCAGUUCCAGAAUACAUAACAUUUCUGCAAUUCUAGGACCCCUAAACUUGGUGCAUAGAUGUUACUCAUGGACCUACUCUUGGUAAAUACAUCAACUAAUCGUUUUUCAGACUUCACGAAGUGUAUAUAGAAAAUUAUAAAUCAUGCAUUGCUUGAGUAUCUCCUUUAUAAAGUGCAUCAACUUUAGUGUGCUUUGAUUAGUCACCUUCCCUUAUUACUAGCAGCCGUAUUAUGGAAUCACACACUCCAUAGCCAUGACUCUAUAGUCGAAAUUUCACUGCAUUCUGCCUCUACAGCUGCUUCUUACACCACCCCAUGACUAGGACAAAAAACUUCAGCAACAUCAAGUGAUGCGCCUAGCAUGCACUCAAUUCGCUCAAUUUGCAUCAGCAAAGGCUUCCAAUUUUAUAUCCCCAUGCUUCAAAAAUAGGAUUCCCUUCAUUGGGACUGACUUCAAGUAGAAUGAGGUUUGAUAAGCUGCUUGUGGAAGAGGAUCUUGAGAUCAUCCAUAUAUAGUCACUUCAAUUGAACAUGCAAUAUGGUCUAGUGUGAGUCAAAUAUAAGUUUUCCUUGAAGACACUGCAUCUUUUCCAAAUGGGCCAGUUGUGCGAUAUUUUUUGAUUGACAUGGAUAUGUGUGUUCUUUAUUAUUGCCUCUCUCCCUUAAACUCAAAAUCUUCUAAUCAUUACCCGAGGCUGGUUGUAUAUCUUUCUCUGUUUGCAAAUAGAUUACAUAUUCUGCUGUCUGAGACGUGUUAGUGAUUG